UCCGGCUACUGCACUCCAGCCUGGGCAACAGAGCAAGACUCCAUCUAAAAAACAAAAAUGAGGUCUUGUCUUAAACUCUAGAUCUCAAACAAUUCUCCAGCCUCAGCUUCUCCUGAGCGGCUGGGGCUGUGGGUGAGUAGGCUCCUCCCCCUGUGCCCCACUGGUGCUGGGAAGAAUCUUCAACACAGAAAUCUAUUUUCUCACAGUUCUAGGGACCGGAUGUCCCAGAUGAAAGGUGCUGGUCACUGGUCGCCAUGCAUCUUCCUGGCUUGUAGACGGGCCUUCUCUGGCUGCAUCCUCACCUGGGGAGAGCAAGAGCUGAGAGAACGUGGUGUCUCUCAGAGGGGGCACUGACCCUGUCACGGGGGCUUUGCCCUCAUGGCCUCAUCUGAAUCUGAUCACCCCACCUUCCAAUAUCUUCAUAUUGGGAGUUGGGGCUUUAACCUGUGGAUUUUGGGGGACAUAGUUCAGUCUGAGCAGUGGGACCUGAGCAGGCAGGUGGGAUAUGCCAUCUGAGGCAGCCGUGGAGCCUGAUGCUCCACUGGACACGACAUCCUGGGACAGACGCCCUGCGGGACGUGCGGGCUGUUGGGAAUUUUCAGAGGCUUCAUCUGCAGAGGAUCCUGGUUUCCAAAGCCAGAUGUCCCUUUUUACAGAUGAGGAGCAGCACAUGGAGAACAAGCGUCUUCAGAGGCAGGGUCUAGGGUCUCCUGAAAUCAGGGUCUUGCCCCGUGGGUCUCCACCCUUUUCUAUGCCUUAGGGACAGAUCAUGCUGUGGCAGAGAAGCUCAGGGGCUGAGGCUCACUGCUAAAGCAGCGUCUGAAUGUGGCUUGUGCUUGCAGCCAAGAGAGGAAAGGUGCCUGUCCCCCCAGGGGGCAGCCAGGGGUCUGCUGGUCUCCGCCGAUGGGCCUGAGUGUACCUGAAAAGGACAGAUAGGAAAGGGGUGGCUGCCUGGCUGGACCCCUAGGCGAUGCUCUGUUGGGACCCAGAGGUUGUCGGGGGGAACCAGGGUGGGUACAGCCUGGGAGCAGGGAGCAGGGAGUCGAGGCCCAUCUGCGGGUUUUCCAGGUAGGGCCCUUUGCGACCGCCAGGCAGCUGGGAGAGGCUGAAUCUCCACCAUACAUGUCUUGAGAGCACAGUGCCUGGGAGCAGGCUAGAGGAAAGGGGCCUGGUAAUCUCCCAAAAUCACCCCUCCAGGGGGCCUCAGCCAGGAAGGAGAGAGAGUGGUGGGAGUAUGAGGGUGACUGUCAGAGAGACCCCCAGAAUCACAGGCUUCAGGUGCUGGGGGGCCGCAGAGGCCUUCCCGCCUGGCCCUGUGCGGGCAGCACACCUCUGCUGAGAGGCUGCAGGGGCCAGGGCUGGGGGCUGGUGCUGCCUCUGGUGGCCCUGACUUCUUGCUGCCCAAGGCUUGGUUCCUGGUCAGGAAGACUUCUCUACCCCCAGACAGGAGACCUGUGCAUGCCCACCCCAUGGCACAGCUGGGAUCAGGACCAGUGUCUGCUGCUGCAUGCCCUGUUCAUGGCCACUGGUGCACCCUGGACCGGCCUCAGAGGCGGGUCUGGCCAGGCUGGAUGGAGGGAGGGGCUGACAGCAGACCUGGGGCUGCCACACCCUUGGGGGAAGGGCUGCGGCGACGUGGGCGCCUCCCGUUGGCUGGGCCGACAGCCUCCCGCCUGGCUGCACAGGAUGUUUCUUUAAGGAGCUUUCCCGUGCACCUCCUGUGUGCAGCUGGACCCCGGGGCGGUGGCCGUUCCCUGAGCCCAGUGCUUGUCUGGGCUGGCUGGCCUGGCGGCUGCUCACAACUCCCAGUGGGUUGCAUCUGUGGAGCUUUCACCUACAAAAGGGGAAGGAGGUAGCCCGAGGAGCUGAGGCCUGGCCUUGCUCUGACCGGUGCCAGCAGCAGCACUUCCUGGAUGUGCCCACUGUUAUGACACUCAGGCCGAGUCAGGUCCAGACUCAAACCCAGGUGGAAAGGAGUGGGACCCCCUGCCAGGGCCGAAAGGCCCCAGAGAGGAGCCUGUGGGUGGGCUCCCCUUGCCCUCUGCAGAGGCUUAAGGCCCCUGGGGGCAUGAGGAUGGGGUUCCCAGGCCAGCCUGGUGUUUAUCAGCUGUCCCAGCUGACCUCCCCCCACCUUGCACCACGCGCCCCAGGCCAGGCCAGUUCCUCUUCCAGAAGUCCCAGCCAUCCUCAGGGUGAGCUGCCCUCCUAGACACCGUACGGAGAGCUCCUUCCUGUUCACAGGCUCCCCACUGGUGCAGGAAGUCACCACCCAGCCAUGGAUGGGGAGGAGCAGCAGCCAGCGCAUGAGGCCGAUGUGGAACCUGUUGUGCCGUCGGAGGCUUCAGAGCCGGUGCCCAGGGUGCUUUCUGGAGACCCCCAAAACCUGUCCGACGUGGACGCCUUCAACUUGCUCCUGGAGAUGAAGCUGAAGCGGCGGCGCCAGCGGCCCAACCUGCCACGCACUGUGACCCAGCUGGUAGCUGAGGACGGGAGCAGGGUGUACGUGGUGGGGACAGCCCACUUCAGCGAUGACAGCAAGAGGGACGUGGUGAAGACUAUCCGGGAGGUCCAGCCUGACGUGGUGGUCGUGGAGCUCUGCCAGUACCGCGUGUCCAUGCUGAAGAUGGACGAGAGCACGCUGCUGCGGGAGGCCCAGGAGCUCAGCCUGGAGAAGCUGCAGCAGGCUGUGAGGCAGAAUGGGCUCAUGUCGGGGCUUAUGCAAAUGCUGCUGCUGAAGGUGUCUGCACACAUCACCGAGCAGCUGGGCAUGGCUCCAGGUGGCGAGUUCAGGGAGGCCUUCAAGGAGGCCAGCAAGGUGCCUUUCUGCAAGUUCCACCUGGGUGACCGGCCCAUCCCUGUCACCUUCAAGAGGGCCAUUGCUGCGCUUUCCUUCUGGCAGAAAGUCAGGCUGGCGUGGGGCCUGUGCUUCCUGUCAGACCCCAUCAGCAAGGAUGACGUGGAGCGCUGCAAGCAGAAGGACCUGCUGGAGCAGAUGAUGGCCGAGAUGGUCGGCGAGUUCCCUGACCUGCACCGCACCAUCGUCUCCGAGCGCGAUGUCUACCUGACCUACAUGCUGCGCCAGGCUGCCCGGCGCCUCGAGCUGCCUCGGGCCUCUGACGCUGAGCCCAGGAAGUGUGUCCCCUCCGUGGUUGUGGGCGUCGUGGGCAUGGGGCACGUGCCUGGCAUAGAGAAGAACUGGAGCACCGACCUCAACAUCCAGGAGAUCAUGACCGUGCCCCCGCCGUCCAUCUCCGGCAGAGUGUCUCGGCUGGCCGUGAAGGCCGCCUUCUUCGGCCUGCUGGGCUACAGCCUGUACUGGAUGGGCCGCCGCACCGCCAGCCUGGUCCUGUCGCUGCCCGCCGCGCAGUACUGCCUGCAGAGGGUGACUGAAGCGCAGCACAAGUAGGAGCUGCUCCCACACGCUCAGGGGCCCCUGAGGAGCCAGUGCCCAGGGCACUUCCUGGAUGCCAGGCGCAUCCAAGCCCACCCGAGGCCCCUGCCACCCCCCAUGGGGGUCUGGGCCGGGCCUCACCUGCCCUCCCGGACCCAUUACCGCUCCCCCAGCCCACCCAAAUAAAGAAUUAUUUAACUGUCUCAGCUCAGGCCUCCCGCAGCCCCUCCCCUCCAACACUGCAGGGGCCGUUCACCGGCUUCUGGACAAGACGCCCAGCUCCGGGGGGGGGGCAGGGGCUUGGAGAAGAGGCCCAGGUGUGUGCCCUCUCAGCCCUGGUGGCAGGCGGAGGACAAUGGCCACUGUCCCUACCUCACUGUGCCUUCCUGUGCUCUGGCCAUGGGAGCGUCCUGCCAGGGGCAGCUCCUGGGAGCUCCCUAGCAGGCGAGAACUGAGAAAGGCCUGGCCCUCGAGCUCCAGCCGACCCCACCAUGCCAUGCCGCUGGCAUCCUGGGCCUGGCUGCCACCUCCCUGACGCCGUCUCCCAGCAGGGAUUCUGUGUUUUUGGCUUUUUUAAUGUUUCAAAAUCUUUUACUCAGGUAAUUUUAACUUCAAAGAGAAAAACUGAAGUAAAUGUCAAAAAAACACCAGCCUUAAAUCCGGGGGAUAGAAUUUGUGUUCUUGGGUCUGUCCCGAGUGGGCCUGUGUGCAGCCGAACAUCAGCUCUGGGCCCAGGCAGGGCCUCAGCUGGGAGCCUGUGUCCUGAGCCCCCCGGAGUGAGGGGGUGCCCAGGGGCGUCCUGGCCCUCUGUGGACACUGUGUGUGCCUGGCUCCUGCCAGGCCUGCCCCCUCAGGCCUCCUGCCCGGUGGCCACCUGUGUGUGGGGAGUCCCUCCUGGUUGUGCUGGACGUAGCCCGUGCAGCCUCAGCCUGGACCCCGGCGAUCUCUGAUUGUGUCUGCUGACUCAAUGUUGAA